UGCUACAUAUCCGGGAGAGGCGGUGGAGGGUUACAUGAGGUGGUAUAGCAGAGUGUCCCAUGUGUUCAUCAUCCCUGAGGAUAGGAGGGAGGAGCUUAGUGCCGUGUCUGCCAUACGUAGGGGUGUGGAGUUGUUGGAGCAGUCCCUGGAGGUGCCAGGUGCUCUUGCUCCAGGGACACAGCCCCGAAUCCUCACGGAGAGGGCGCUCGAUCUCUUUCGACGGAGUUCCUUCGUUGGUACACAAGGAGUUGCCUUUUCUGCUAUUCGAGGAGCCGCAUCUGCGGGAGGCAGAGCUCGUGGAGGCAGAGCUCGUGGAGGCAGACCCCGUGGAGGCGGAGCUCGUGGAGGCAGAGCUCGUGGAGAGGGUGAUCCUGGAGAGGGUGUUCGUGGAGGUCGAGCUCGUGGACCCAGAGGUCGCAGGGGGCGGGGUCGGGGAGAGUGA